AUGCCCAGCCGGGCCUCCGACUAUCCAUUAUACAUUAUGAGCGCGCGCGUCUCACGCCCCGGCCCAGGGGGAGGGGCCCUGCUACGUACGAGGAUUGGGAUUGGGCGGCCCGAUAAAGCCUUUGCUCCAACGGCAGAUCUGUGCGCCCUGCAGAAAUCCCUGGAGCAGGAGAAGAGGGAGGCCGAUGAUCUAGAGCGGCCCCGUCAGAGAAAGCGCCGGAAACCCCGCGUGCUCUUCUCGCAGGCUCAGGUCUACGAGCUGGAGCGCCGCUUCAAGCAGCAGAAGUAUCUCUCGGCCCCGGAGCGGGACCACCUGGCCAACGUGCUGAAGCUGACCUCCACACAGGUGAAGAUCUGGUUCCAGAACCGCCGGUACAAGUGCAAGCGGCAGAGGCAGGACCAAAGCCUGGAGAUGGUGGGCCUCCCUCCCCCGAGGCGGAUCGCCGUGCCGGUGCUGGUCCGCGAUGGGAAGCCCUGCCUGGGGGACUCCUCGCCCUACGGCUCCCCUUACAACGUCAGCCUCAGCCCCUACGGCUACAACGCCUACCCGGCCUACAGCAACUACAACGGCGCCGCCGCCGCCGCCGCCUGCAACGCCACCUACAGCUGCAGCUACCCGGGCGUGCAAGGCGUCCAGCCCUCGGCCGCCGGCGGCAAUUUCAUGAACUUCGGCGUGGGCGACUUGAACCCCGUGCCCGCGUCCAUCCCGCAAGGGAACGGGGGCAUGUCCACCUUGCACGGCAUCCGCGCCUGGUAG